GGACGUUCGCUUAGUCGCGCACGCUUCGACCGGUUAUUAUGACUUGGAAAGGAUACCAGAGUUUAUUUUCGGAUUUAACUUUUGUUAAUCGCUUUUAAAUGUUUGCAGCGGACGUGCCAUUACGUAAAUAUACUUACGUUUAAAAUAUUCUUUACAAAAAAUUGCGCGUUAAACUCACCGUGGACUAUUUUGGAAUAAAUUGGUUUUUGAUUUUACAUAGUGGUCGGACAUUGCCUUUAUCGACUGAACUGUAUUAACUUCUCACAGAAUGAAGUCAUGAAGUGUUUACUUGGUAAACGAGUUUGGAAUUGUAUUUGUAUGUGUUUGGAGUGUUGUUCUAAUUAGACUAUCAUGCUCCGUGGAAUACUGUGAUGUAUUUUUUUUUGUGAAAUUAUCCCACGCGAUUUUGUGACUGUGAUCAUUGUUUCUUAAUAGUUUUGCUAUACGAUUGUCUUGAUAAAGAAAAUUUGUCUACAAAUAUGAGUGGGUGAGAUAUGAAAAGAUGCAUUAGUCGUGAAGAUGCCGAUGCCUCAUGGACGAGGAGGGUAGGCUCGUGUUUUGGAAGGGUGGCAUGUGGGAAGGGGGUGCCCCGACCCUCAAUUGUAAUACCUGUAAGAAAAGACGCGCUGAACGAAUGGACGCCAACGAACGCCCUCAGGGCGAGCUAAAGAAACUAUCAGAGGAGAGUCUGACGCGGCAACCCGAAGAGGUCUUUGACAUAAUCUGCAAACUGGGAGAAGGGUCAUAUGGCAGUGUUUAUAAGGCGUUACACAAAGAGAGCGGACAGGUGCUUGCCAUCAAGCAAGUUCCCGUCGACACUGACCUGCAGGAGAUCAUCAAGGAGAUCUCCAUCAUGCAACAAUGCGACAGCCCUUACGUUGUCAAAUAUUAUGGCAGUUAUUUCAAGAACACGGACUUGUGGAUCGUGAUGGAAUACUGCGGCGCAGGUUCCGUGUCAGACAUAAUGCGACUGAGGAAGAAGACGCUCUCCGAAGACGAGAUAGCGACCAUCCUGUGUGACACGCUCAAGGGGCUGGAAUACUUGCACCGGAGACGAAAGAUACACAGAGACAUCAAAGCGGGGAACAUAUUGCUCAACACUGAAGGUCACGCUAAAUUAGCGGAUUUUGGAGUCGCUGGACAGUUGACCGACACAAUGGCAAAAAGGAAUACAGUAAUUGGAACGCCAUUCUGGAUGGCGCCGGAAGUGAUCCAAGAGAUUGGUUACGACUGUGUAGCGGACAUCUGGUCACUUGGCAUCACUGCUCUCGAAAUGGCGGAAGGGAAACCGCCGUACGGAGACAUACACCCGAUGAGGGCGAUAUUUAUGAUACCCACCAAACCUCCGCCGUCUUUUAGAGAGCCGGACCAGUGGUCGCCCGAGUUCAUUGACUUCGUGAGUCAGUGCCUCAUUAAGAGUCCAGAGGAGCGAGCAACCGCUGAGUUUUUGUUAGCACAUGAAUUUAUAGGGAACGCCAAGCAGCCCAGCAUCCUGAGCAGCAUGAUCGCCGAAGCGCGCGAGAUCCGCGAGACGCAGGCCUUCCGCGCCGCCACGCAGCACGGGCGGCCCGGCGCGGGCGGCGCGGGGGGCGCGGGCGGCGGGGCGGGCGGGGCGGCCGGCGCGGGCGGCGCGGGCGGCGGCGGCGCGGGCGACUACAGCGACGACACGAUGAAGGCGCGCUCGUCGCGGGAGGCCACGCUGGUGCCGCGGGACGCGUCGCUGGAGCUGGCCGCCGACCUGGGCACCAUGGUCAUCAACGACCACGACCUCGCCACCAUGAAGCGACACGAUACGGAUCCCAUGGACACGAACCGGCCUAAAUACAGGCCGCUGUUCCUGGAGCACUUCGAGAAGAAGGAGGUGAACCAUCUCAGCAUGGCCGCCACCAACGGUACCCUCACCGGGCCUCUCAGACUGUCGGACGAAGAGAGGGCGGCGCCGGCGGAGGUCGCGCCGCUGCAGCGCGCGCUGCUGGACGACGGGAACUUCGAAUUCGUAAGUCAACUGCACGUCGUCACUCUGCUCGCGCUGCGGCCCCCUGUCGUUCCUGUCGGAGGGGGAGCUGGAGGCGUGCAUGGCGCGCCUGGACGCCGAGAUGGAGGCGGAGAUCGAGCGCCUGCACCAGCGGUACGAGCGCAAGCGCCGCCCCAUCCUCGACGCAAUCUCGCUCAAGCGGAAACGCCAGCAGAACUUCUAGCCGCCACGCUGUGAGCCCCCGGGCAGGCACCACCGCCGCAGGAUUGCCGACGCCCCGUCGGCCUCGCUGCCCGCAAACGGUUCAUUUUCGAAUCUUCUCAUUUUACAUGCUUUGAAGUAAUACUGAAAUUGGCGCUGAUUACCAAACGUAGUCUCGGAUCAGCUUAAGCGAACUCUUUAGUUUAGUGAUUUAUUGAAAUCUUACAAAGAUCUUUUUUUUUACUAAUGAUAAUGAAAAAAGACCGAUUACCUUUUGUACUAAAACGACUAAAAGAGUACUAAAGAACUACUAGCUGUUAGUAAAAAAAAAAUAUUACCUUAUUACAAACUUUUCUAGAAAUAUCCAAAAAUAUAAUUGAUUGAAUAUUUUUGUUUCAUACUGAGUUCAAAACAUUUGAAUUUGAGUUGGAGUAACAUUUAACGUACGUACGUAUUGCUUACCAAGCUGAGCGAUAUUUUAUCUGCAAACUGUGAUUUUUAUGUCUGUGCACCUCAUUAACUCUAUUAUGUGAUCUGCAGAAACGUACAAUGAUGCAUUUCUUUAAAUGAGUUCUAUAUUUAAUAGAAAAUAAGUUUUAAAACUCCUGAACUUCAUAUUAAUUAAUAUUCAUAUAAGAGGCAGUUUUUUCAUGAAAUUUCAAACAAUGCCUUUACGACUGGCCUAAAAUUAUUUAAAAUUCUAUAAAUUGGAACUUUUAUAUUUAGUCAAAUAAUAAGAAUCAGGUGCUCUUAAGUAGAGGUGCCAAAUCGCUCAUGAAACUGCUAAAAGUUGUUCCUAAUCUCAUUCAUUACUCAUUCGUAUCACGGCUUAAUCAUUUAAUUGGAAUUUCUCGGCCAAAUUUUCAAUUUUCUCUUUAGAUUUAAAGCAUUUGUGCGCGUGAUGCGUAGACUUCGUUACAAACGUUGGAGACCUGUUCUCCUGUAGAUAUAGUUUUAGAUUAAGCUGUUAUCUUAGCUUAGAGAGUAGACGUUGAUUUCGUACGUGAGUACGUAAGCUGAGACAUAUCCGCGUAGUUUACGGCCUGCAGUGUCCCGCUAGAUGGCAUUGAACGGUUUAAAACUAAACGUUUUGUAUCACUAGACAGCACAAAUACUCCAUAUUUUUUUAUAAUAGAUCAAAUGAAGAGGUUAUAUGUACACAAUUGUUUUGUGAAUAUUGAUCUAAUAUAUACAUAUUAGAAUUAGUCCUCUAGCGGGGCAUUCGAGAAUUUUCUUUGUGUGACAAAACCCUUUAUAAGAAUAUACGUGUAGUAAUUUUGUAUGGGUAUAGUAUAUUGUAAUUAAUUCAUGACAAUAUUAUGUAUGUAGAUAUAAUGGUUUUUUUUGAGGAUUCGUUUACGUGAACAGUUUUGUUUCAUAUUCAGAGACGUCGUUUAGUUGAUUAAGUUCCUCGUUUGGAUCUCAGGCGUGUCAUCUCAAUUGUAUUAUAGAUGUAAUUCUAUCUUAGUUAUAUUCACUCUUGUACAUUGUAGUGGGUUGUGAGAUUCGACAGUUAUAUAUUUCCAAAUUUAUAUGCAAAGUCGAUUGCGAACUUUGCGUUAGUUUAACAGUUUUAACAAAUGCUAUAUUUUAAUAAUUAGAUUUGUAAAAAUGUUCUUGUAGAGAAAAAAAGUUUUAAUAACAAAUACGGUGACCGUUUCCCGUGAAAUGGGAAACGAACCGUUAGAGGGACGUUGAUUGUUUGAAAUGUUUACAUUUUCGUGAUAAAUUUAAUAUUUAUCAAGUUCUUACCCUUUCUACAAACCCCCUACCCCCUCUUCCCGCCUGUACAGAUCGUAUUUUGCUAAAUAAAUAAUCUUCGAUUAAAUAUUGACAAGUUACAAAUUUUUAGAAGUGCCAUUAAGUGUAAUAUAAUAGUAUUUUCGUACAUUCGAGCAAUAGAUUUAAAAUUUAGAGUCUUUUAUCUAUGGAGCGAUGGGAAGGUAAUGUGUUCGUCGUGCCAUUUGCGAUUGAAAUUUUUUCGCUUAUAUAUAAUUGUAAGUUUUGAAAAUUAUUUCGUCGCGAUUUUUUGGCGAAAUAUUUAUUGUGAAAGGCGAUAUUGGUCAGCAGAAUAUGAUAUUAUAUUGAUGUCUUCGAUGAAUUUAUAAAUACAUUUAAUUUUUGUUUAAAAUGUAAAUCGGUGCUAACUUUUGUUUGCUAUUUUUUUCAUACAUUAUAUUUUCUUUAUAUGUUAAUAAUAACGUUAAUUAUUUUUGAGUUGGACGUUGCCAUGAAAUAUUUGCAUUUAAUAUUUAAAUAUUUAUUGUUGCAAUUGAUACCGUAAUUAUAAAAGGAUGUCUUGAUACCUUUCUGUAUUUUGCUGGCCAUAAGUCUAAAAUUGGCCUACACAUACAUUAGAUAAACAUUUUCUCUGAAAAUUGUACAGGGUAACGUUGUAAUAUGUGUGUAAUUUUGCUAAAAGCGCAUUUCGCUUUAAUUUGCUCUUUAAGCGAUCAUACUAAUGCUGUUAAAGGCAAUGGAAAGGGAACAUGGUUUGAUAAUAAUGACGUAAAGGUUCGAGUUAUUUUGAACCUUAUAGUGAUAAAUAAUAAGGAAUAUCGUUAAUGGUUCGAGCUGUACGGAUUACAAUAACCGGUCCAAUAGAGAGAAAAAUAAAUGAUUUAAUUGCAUCUAACAGUUUAUUUGUAAGUUUGUAAAUAUGUUAGAGUCCGUACAGGAGCUCGAGUCGGCCGAGCUCGUUGCGGGCUGCGCGCGUGGCGAUCUUGCAUUACUAGUGCUGUGUUUUCAUAUAAAUAUAUAUUUACAGUGACGUAUAUUUUAAUUGUAAGAUUUAUUUAUAUUCCAAGAUAUUAUUUUUUUUAUAUAACUUCAAGCGAAGUUUGCCGCCAGGUUGCAAACUUUUAAUUGAAGUAAUGUUUAUGCGUAGUAAGCAAAUUUAAUACGGUCAAAAUGGCAUUUACUAAUGUGAUAAUAGGUCGAGGUGCUGUAAAAAUAUAAUUAUAUUAUAAGUGUAUUACCAAACAAACAGUAAGUGUUAUUAUUAUUAUUAUUAAUUGAACCGAUUUAACGUACGUUAUAUGUCGAUGAUUGUUCGACAUUUUCGACAAGACGACGCUCACAGAUGCGACGAAAUCGAAGUAUUUAAUAAUAAUAUAACAACAAGUAACGUCGCCACGCGUACAGACAUGCCGGUUAUAAUUUGUCGUAGACGAGAAGUGCACUUUGUAACUCUGUAGCCUGUUGAAGUGUUGAUAGCUCUACGCAUUAUAUUUUUGGAUGAAUGACUCACAGAUUAAAAAAGGAUAAAUUAUAAACA